AUCGGCGCUCGGUGCGAUUUAAUUGGCUGUUAGCUCACACUGAGUUGUAUAGUUAUCAGUAAUUAUAUUCAGCAUGUUUUGCACAAGAAAUGUCAUCCAGAAAGGGCAAUCUUCUUCCACCGUCAAAUUAUACCACGAAGAUGUCAUGCUCCGAUAGUCCAUCAGGAAAUUCGUUUCUGGUUGACUCGCUAAUCCAUGGACGAGCCGAGGGAAGUGGGCACUACUACCAAAACAGCGUCUACUUGCAGCCGACCUCCGAGUAUUCUUAUGGACUAUCUAACUGUGGCUAUUUUCCUGGACUUAAACGGAGUGAGGGCAAUUCCCAAAAUGUAGCACCUACAUGUGGGCCGUAUCAAGGCAUGGAAGCAUGGCUGGAAACGUCGAGGUCUUGUCGCAUUGAACAGCCCAAUAGCCAAAUUACCCCACGCUCGUUCUCGCCCACCAUAAAAGAGGAGAACUCUUACUGCUUAUACGAGUCUGACAAAUGUCCAAAAGAAACAAUAACAGAGGAUAUAUCGUACUCGCGGCUGACAUCAAACUCAUGUCCAUCUAGCAACAAUAACGGCUGUGUUCCGGUGCCUGGUUACUUCCGCCUGUCUCAGACAUGCACCACAUCUAAAGGUUUUCCAGACAACCAGUCUAUUUCGACUCUUGUUGCUGCUCAGCGAUCGACCCGAUUUGACAGCUCUCUUUCAGCCAUUACUCCCGAAACAAGCAGGGAAGAGAACGACGAGCCAUCCACAUGCGCCCCGAAAACCAACAAGGAGCUACAGGGGUCCACCGGAACCGCUUCAUCUCCCGAACCGCCGGACAGUCCAGAAAAGGCGGUGAAUGUUACUAAAGGAGACUCCAAAAAUGAGAGUACAGCAAACUGGCUAACGGCGAAGAGUGGCCGCAAGAAGCGGUGUCCUUACACCAAGCAUCAGACUCUAGAGUUGGAGAAAGAGUUUCUCUUCAAUAUGUACUUGACACGAGAGCGUCGCCUUGAGAUCAGCCGCAGUGUUCACCUUACGGACAGACAAGUCAAAAUAUGGUUUCAGAACCGUCGGAUGAAGCUUAAGAAGAUGAGCCGAGAAAACCGAAUCCGUGAGCUUUCGGCCAACUUCAGUUUUUCAUGAAGCCCCCUUCGAUCGGUUAUAGUGCUCUGGCGCCCUCCUCCAUCAGUUGCAAUGGUUGCCUACUCACAACAAUGCGUCUUUAUAGGUGUGCGUGCAUAUUUGACUUGUGCAAGAUACUAUUGAUAACUUAUUGUGUGUCGUAUACUGUUGACGUUUUUAUCUGUUAAUGUAUAAUUUUAUUUGACAUCCCUGUCGUCAUAACAUGUCAUGGCUAUUUAUAAACUGUCAAGAGUACAUCAAUGUAAAAGGUAUAGCGAGAAAAAACCCGAAUGCUGAAGGUGAUUAUUGACACUCAUUGUAAAUAGCAUUCAGGCAAUAUUGUACAUUUAUUGUAUAUAACUGCGAUAUUUGCAUGUUGUAAUAACUAUAAUGAAACAAUUUUUAAAAUAAUAAUACUUUCCGUCUUAAGUACGACCUUGUCAUGUAUUUGCUGUAAUAGCCAUAGGUCCUGUAGAAACUUGUACAGUUACGACAAGGAGUCCUAUUUUGUUUUAAUAGUGUUGAAAGGGUAAAAACUUUCUGGAAACACUGGCCGAAAUGCGACUUGGCUGUAAAUUGAUAAUUAAAAGGUGGCAGAUAUAAAUAAACGCAUGUAAAAGUCGUUAAAAGCACUUGUAAACACA